AUCUGUGAGCUCAGGCAAUCCACCCGCCUCGGCCUCCCAGAGAGCUAAACUAUUAUUUCAUUGUCACGACAAUCCUACGAUUCACAGCUGUCACGUGUUGAGAUAGCUGGCGCAGUCAGGAUAAACCAGCCCAGAACUCCCGCCUGGUGACGCGCCCAAGGCCAGCGCUCCCGUCCCGACGCCGGCGUCAGAGCGCGCAAGCCGCAGGUCGUCUCCUGAGACCCCAGCGCGCCCCGCCCCUGGCUCCCCGACUUCCGCUCUUGCGCACUGAGGCUCCGGCGAGGCCGCCUGGUGGUUAUGGCCUCGUCCGGUUUACCCCCGGUGACGCUAACGCUCAAGCAGUUCGUGAGAAGGCAACAAGUUCUCCUCCUCUACAGAAGGAUUUUGCAGGCGAUCAGGCAAGUUCCUGACGAUUCUGAUCGCAAAUACCUGAAAGACUGGGCAAGGGAAGAAUUCAAACGGAACAAAAGUGCCACCGAAGAGGAUACAAUCCGGAUGAUGAUUACUCAAGGCAACAUGCAGCUCAAGGAGUUAGAAAAAACACUUGCUUUAGCAAAAUCUUAACUAUAGCAUGUUCUGAAGGACUUUUAAAGUCUCCAUGCAUUUUGUUGAGUUUGGGCUCAAUAACGGGCUUAACAGCCAAGUCUUGCUGUUUGUAUUUGGGGAAGAUAUCAGAAGAUGGAGCAUGGUAUUUAGUAGAGAGCAAAGGAAAGCACAUCAAAACAAUUGCCUUAGCCCUGGAAAACACCCUGAGUGUUGAAAAUGUUUCUGUAUAAGACAGCAGUUUUUGUUUUGUUUUGUUUUUGGCCGGGGCUGGGUUUGAACCUGCCACCUGCGGCCUAUGGGGCCAGCGCUCUACCCCUUUGAGCCACAGGCUCCGCCCGCCCGUGACAGCAGUUUUUGAAAGAAGCAAAAAGCAUUAUAAUAAAUGGUCAUUUAGCACGUGAAAAGACACUCAACGUUGUUAAUCAUCAAGGAAAUGAAAACCAAAACCACAAUGAGACACCACUUCACAUCCACUACAGUGGCUAUAGUUAAGAAGGGCCAGGCGCAGUGGCUCACACCUGUAAUCCUAGCACUCUGGGAAGCCAAGGCAGGUGGUUUGCAGGAGUUUGAGACCAGCCUAAGCAAGAGCGAGACCCCAUCUCUACUAAAAAAAAAAGAAAAAAAACUAGCCAGAUGUUGUGGCGGGCACCUAUAGUCCCAGCUACUGGGGAGGCUAAAAGACUGCUCAAACCUAGGAGUUUGAGGUUGUUGUGAGCUGUGAUGCCACAGACAGAGUGAGAGUCUGUCUCUCAAAAAAAAAGAAAAAAGUAAUAUGUUGGUUAAGAAAUUGGAACUUUUAUACAUUGCUGGAGGAAAUGUAAAAUGGUGCAGUGAUUUUGGAAAACAGACUCAUUUCCUCAAAAAUUUAAACGUAGAUUUGCCAUUGGAUUCAGUAAUUCUAUUUCUAAGUCUGUAACCAUCAUUUGACAAUAAAAAGGAAAUGAGGGGUUGAUAGAUGAUACAUAUGGAUGAACCUUGAAAACCUGUUAAGUGUAACAUACACUUAAGUAAAAGGAGCCAAUCAUAUCACAAAUUGUAUGAUUCCGUUUAUAUGAUCAAGAAUAAAUAGAAAAAUUAGUGGUUUUCUAAAGCUGUAAGUAGAAUAAAGAGUAACUGCUAAUGGGCAUGGGGUUUCUUCUCAGGGUGAUGAGAAUAUAGUACACUUAGAUGGUGGUGGUGGUUGCACAACUAUGAAUAUACUCAAAUCCAUUGAAUUGAACAUUCUCAAUGUAUGGUAUAUGAAUUAUAUCCCAAUAAAGCUGUUUUUUUAAAAAACGAAAAUAUAGGACUGGGGAUACACAGACCCCCGGAGAUAACCUGGAACUUUCUCAGAAAAUCUUUCUACACUGUCAGGGUAGUUGAGGUAUGUUUUUAAGAUGUAUCAUGGUUUGUACUUUGUCUCUUAAAAAAAAAAAAAAAAAAGAGUCUCACUUUGUCGCCCUCGGUAGAGUGCUGUGGUGUUACAGUUCACAGCAACCUCCAGCUCUUGGGCUUAGGCGAUUCUCUUGCCUCAGCCUCCCGAGUAGCUGGGACCACAGACGCCCACCACAACACCUGGCUGUUUUUGUUGUUGUUGCAGUUUGGCCGGGUUUGAGUUUGAACCCGCCACCCUCAGUGUAUGGAGCUGGUGCCCUACUCACUGAGCCACAGGCACUGCCCCAGAUGUGUUAUGGUUUGACAGAGGACUCCAAAAAUUUAAUUACUAGUAAUGUGGAUAUUUAUUGGAAAAAGAAGAAAUAGAAGCUUAAGGAACACAUUGAUGCAUGUACCAAACAGAAGAGGGAAGAUUUUAGGCAACUUAUGAAUGAAAAUUUUGUGAUUACCUUAACAUCCAUGUGAAAAGAAAAAAAUGAUUAAGAAAGAUCCUCAGUGUAAUUGGUUCUCCUCAGUGACAGGAAAAAAGAAAGAGAAUUUGAAGAAUACAUGAGAGAAAUCCAUCACAACCAAAGCUGACUUCAGGGCACUUUUGAAAGAGACCAAAUUUAUAACAUACUUCAUUUAGUGAAAGCUGUGGAAGAUGCUGGGAUUGGCAUACUGAAGUUGACUUCAUCAACAGAGCUAAGAACCUAAUCUAAGAAUCUAUCCAGCACCUGAAAGAUGUAGACAGAACUUUGCAGAAUGAUAAAUAGUAUCCAUACUGGACUAUGUGCCAGAAGAGAGGCAGUAAUGGUGGUGGAAUAUGCUGAUGACUUAGAUUGCCAGGGUCCACCCCCUCCUCCCAGAGCCUACCAGAUUAAUGCUGAGUACUUUUACAUGAAGGAAGUCUUCUAAUCCAAAAUGCUUGGAUGAGCCAAUUUUCAGAUUUUUGUAUGCAUCAAUCUAUUGCAAAAUGAUCUAACAGGAGAAACUUUGAAAAUAUUUUUCUUUGUGUGACAUGAUAUAGUAUAGUAUAGGCUGUCUCUAGUAACUCUGAAAUCUUUAUUUCAGAAUAUUGUAAGGGUACACACAUUUGAGUUACAUAAUUUGUUUUUAUAUAUUUUAAGUUAAAGUUACAAGUGUGCCCUUCACCCAGAAUGUGUGCUUUGUACCAGUUAGGUGUGAAUCCAAUCCCUCUACCCAGCACACACAUACACACACUUGAUUCCCUUUUAUGGGAACAGAAAUGUUGAUUGACUAGUUCUGAUUUAGUAUUGAGCACGUGUUUGUUUUUGAUUCUGUGAUACUUAGAAAAAUGGUCCCCAGUUCCAUGUAGGUUGUUACAAAAGAAACUAGCUCACCAUUAAAUCUAAAAUCUAAAAAUAUUAUCCUCUUAUGUGUGGAAGUUGGUGAAUUUUAGUGAUGUUCUUCCUGAUGAUGUACACGAAGGAAUGUUAAAAAGCAUAUGUAGUUUGAAUUUACAAGUUGCAGAUACCACAUACUCCAAGUAAACCCAAGUUGGGGUUUUUUUGUAACACAAUUGAAUUAUCUUCCAGAGGCUAAAAUUACUGUAAUGCAUUGACAUGUUUCUAUAGUUCAUUUUGUUGAUUUACAUGCUUUGAUUAUCCCCUCUGUAGUCUUAUUUAGCCUAAGAAGAUUUAGCAAUUUCUUCUCAGGUGUGGAAUCUAGUCAUUAAGAUGUUGGCCAGAAUAAUUAGCUGUUGGUGAAACAUUUUAUACAUGAAUGUUAAACUUUUGUUCCUAAAGUUUAAUAUUCAGAUGUUUGCUCAGUUUGAACUACAAUAAAUCCUUUUACAUUGAAGUACAAAAGCUUUAUAAGAGAAGUGGCUAAAGCUGUUUAUUAUAUAACAUAUUAAUUGUCCCUAUGUCAUUCCCCCACCUUUAA